UUUGGUUUUUUGACAGUGAGGCCUUUCUACGCAUGCGCGUGGUUUAAAUUCACGAUGACGUCACGUCUGUGUACAAACAACCGUUGGGACAUUUAAACAGUCAGCUGUCGGGAUCAAACCCCGUGUCCUGUCCGCGCUUGAUUACUGCGUCCCUGUGGUUCAGCGUCUCGGGAAAGAACCCGAUUCCGUUUCUGCUCGGAGUUCAGACCGGAACCGGCGGCGUUUGUCUGCUAGCUGCUCUCCCCCAAAACACUCGUUUAGACGGAGGUGGGGGUGGGGUCCCGGUGGGGGGUCCCGCUUGAGCCCUGAUCCGGUUCUGAGGCUUCGGUCACGUGCGCCUCCCGCCCCCACGUCCGAGGCUCAGGUGCCAAACAGAGAGCAGGUAGGACUUCUGUCUUCAGCACCUGUGACGUUUUUGAAACGUGACCGGAAGUGAGGCCACAUGAAAAGGUUCUGAAGGCCGAUCCGGAUCCCGGACUGCUGUGGACCCCUGAGGAGCAGACCAGUCGCCCCCUCCCCCUCCCCCCUUAUGAUGCAGGAUGAACCUGCAGAGACUCCGCCCCCACACCCGAUGGAAGGAAGCCCCACCCUGAUGGCAGCCCCCCCCGAACGCCCCCCUCUGAACUUUGUGGAGGCGCUUCCUCUGGAGAUGAGCGUGCGGAUCUUCAGCCAGCUGGACGCUGACAGCCUGUGCCGCGCCUCGCAGACCUGCCGGCUGUGGCACGCCGUCAUCCAGCAGAGCGAGCAGCUGUGGAGGGGGCAGGGCCUGGUGGUGCGCGCCGUCUGCCAGAGGGAGGUGGACCGCGACAGGAGCCACGGCCAUUCCUGGAAGGUCACCGUGGUCAGGAACUACGCCCGCAGCCGCCUGAAGGCCGACUGGCUGACGGGGCGCUACAGUCACGUGCGCUCUGUGGCGGAGCUGCGUGGCAGGAGGAUGACGCCGCUGGACGCAGAGACGUGGGGGGAGAUCCUUCAGGCUGAGCUGGACAGAUGACCCCCCCACCCCAACCCCAACCCUCCACCCCCACAAGAACUUGGAAUGAGACUGUAAAUGAUCCAGACCUGAGUAUGACAGAAAACACCAAUUUUAUUACAAAAUAAAAGUUUUCUCUGGAA